UUCCCAUUAGAAGUCUUCGCUACUACCAAAGGCUUAGAUUUUUGUAGAAACGAGACUUAUUUGAAUAGUGGUUAUUAUUAGAAUCAAAUGUCACAAACAAAGAUUCUGCUACAGUGAAAAAUAUUUGUCUCCCACCAAUGAGAAUUGCCCUGUAUAUAUAUAUUCGUGCCCGUGCCCUACAAAUCAAUAAAGUCAACACACAAACGUUAUUAGCAACCAUACAAUAUCUUCUGCCCUAGCUACGCGCAGCUGCAACGAGAAGAACAAGUUCGCGAGAUCCAAAGCUCGAAGCAGAUGGAACUGAAUCGUGUGUUCCAAACGUUCGACCGGAACGGGGACGGGCUAAUCACGAAGGGGGAGCUGAUCAAGGCGUUUGAAUUAUUGGGUGGCCCUAUCCCCGACGAAGAGCUUUCUGAGGUGAUAGCGAAAUUCGACGCCAAUGGCGAUGGGUGCAUCGACGUGGACGAGUUCGGCAAGCUGUGUCGAUCGUUCAUGUACGACGGAGAGGCCGAGCGCGACGAUGACCUGAAGAAGGCCUUUGAAUUGUACGAUACGAGUGGAGAUGGGCAACUCACGGCCAAUGAGCUCCAAUCGAUGUUGUCUUCCCUUGGGCUUAAUCAGUGGAUGACCGUAGAGGAUUGCACGAAGAUGAUCACGCAGAUGAUCAAGAAGAUGAUCACGCAGAUGAUUAUGAAGAUGAUCGCGAUGGUGAUAAUGAAGAUAGCCAGAUCGGUGAUGGCAGGGGUAUUUUAGCAUAAUUUUUUUUGGGGUUUUUUGUUUUAGUUUAUUAAUUUCUCUGUAUACUGUUAUGUAUUAAGAAAGUUUUAAUUCUAUACAAAUUUGUCUCAUAUUUGUCUUU